UGAGCCUUUCCCCAGAAUCCCUCUGGUCACGUGACAGGGGCGGGCGCGCCUCCUGUCAGCUGACUGCGGUCUCGCGGCGUGUGUUAGCCGUUAGCGGUUACUCGAACAUGGCGGACUCUAUCAGGGACCCUCCAGCGGAGAACACCGACUUCCAGGAGCUGGAGGACGGGGAGGACCUGCUCCUGGAGUCCGCUGCCGCGCGGGAGUCUGAACCAGCCAGUCUCCCUGCUGUGGACAUCAGCACCAAGACCAAUGGGCCAAAACAGGACUCGCUGUUUGAUGAGGACACAGAAGAUCUGUUUGCAGAAGCCACAGAGGAGGUGUCGCUGGACAGUCCGGAGAGGGACGUUUUGUUAUCUGAAGGACCCUCCCCCGCUAUCACCCCCAUCACUCCGCCCAUCUCCGUCAUCACCCCUCGCAUCGGCCACGCCCACGACGACAUGUUCACCCACUCUUCCUUUGACGAGAUUGAAGAGGAGGAGGGCGGGGAUUCUUUCGACAUUCACAUAUCUGUGUCUGACCCAGAAAAAGUUGGUGACGGCAUGAACGCUUACAUGGCCUACAAGGUGACCACGAAGACCUCCAUGUCGCUCUUCAGGCAGAAGGACUUCUCAGUAAAAAGGCGGUUCAGCGAUUUUCUGGGUCUGCACAGCAAACUGGCCUCCAAAUACUUGCACAUCGGAUACAUUGUACCUCCUGCACCGGAGAAAAGCAUUGUGGGGAUGACGAAGGUGAAGGUGGGGAAGGAGGACCAGUCCUCCAACGAGUUUGUGGAGAAGAGGAGGUCGGCUCUAGAGAGGUAUCUGAUGAGAACGGUGAAGCAUCCCAUCCUGCUGAAGGAUCCCGACGUGCUGCAGUUCCUGGAGAGCUCGGAGUUGCCGCGGGCCGUCAACACUCAGGCUCUAAGCAGCGCUGGAAUCCUCAGGAUGGUCAACAAGGCGGCCGACGCCGUCAACAAAAUGACCAUCAAGAUGAAUGAGUCUGAUGCUUGGUUCGAGGAGAAGCAGCAGCAUUUCGAGAACCUGGACGCCCAGCUGAGGAAGCUUCAUGCCAGCGUGGAGUCUCUGGUCUGCCACAGGAAAGAGUUGUCUGUAAACACGGCACAGUUUGCCAAGUCUGCGGCCAUGCUGGGGAACAGCGAGGACCACACGGCGCUGUCUCGAGCUCUGUCCCAGCUGGCCGAGGUGGAGGAGAAGAUCGACCAGCUACACCAGGACCAGGCCAACGCAGACUUCUACCUCUUCUCCGAGCUGCUGGGCGACUACGUCCGUCUAAUCACCGCCGUUAAGGGCGUGUUCGACCAGCGCAUGAAGACGUGGCAGAAAUGGCAGGACAGUCAGAUGCUGCUACAGAAGAAGAGAGAAGCCGAGGCCAAACUGCAGUUCGCCAACAAACCCGACAAACUGCAGCAGACCAAAGACGAGAUCAAGGAGGAGAUUGAGGAGCUGGAGGGGAAGGUCCAGCAGGGAGAACGGGACUUUGAGCAGAUAUCUAAAACCAUCCGGAAGGAAGUCAGCAGGUUUGAGAGGGAAAGAGUGAAGGACUUUAAAAUGAUCAUAGUUAAAUACCUGGAGUCGCUGGUUCAGACUCAACAGCAGCUGAUUAAAUACUGGGAGGCCUUCUUACCUGAGGCCAAGGCCAUCUCAUAGUCUGUACACCCGAGAGGCGCUGAAACUACACUACCCACAAUGCACCUGACCUCUCCAGCCCCCUCUGUCCAGAGGAGUAGCGGCAGAAAGUGACUUUUCAGCUUCUCAAAGCAGACGUUCAUCAUCCGGUGUGUUUCUGCGUGACGUCCGUGCUGCGUUCACGGCCUCCAUCAUGACUCUUUGAAAAAAAGAUGAAAAAUGGGGGGGGGGGGUAGUUUGAUUCACCUGAUUUCUGAAGAUCAACUCUACAUAAACAACACUCGUAUGUUUCACAUUUGCAGUUACUGUUUGUAAUCGAACGUUCAUGAUUUCAAAUUUUGUGUUAAAUCGACCAAAUCAUUUAUUUUAUUUCAAUAAUUUGACCCGUCUUAAGAUUCAUGCCACAGCUUUUCCUCGAGCAGCUCCUCGAAUUACUACAUUACCCAUUAGCACUGGCAGAAGAGAGGGAAAAACGUUUCCAAAGUUACUCAGCAAACUUCUUAAUUCUCAAGCUUGAACUUUCCUUUUUCUGCCCAGCAACAGACUGCUAGUGUUCUGAUUGGCUGUUUGAAAUGUCAACAUUUUUCAUCUCUCAGCUCCACAGUUAGUGAGGAGAGACUUGCAGUCGCAUUAUCUUCUUUAUCUGUUUUUUCCUGAAUACUCUCCUCACUUCCUCUCUGACUUUCAAAAUAAAAGCCAGCAUUGUGUUACUGUAUGCCUGAGUUACUUUUCUCCCCUUCUCUUCCGUUAUCGUAGCAGUCACCCUGCAGUCUUUUUCUGCUCAGAUCCACAUCAGAGCCUGACUCAGAACUGAAUAGAAAGGGCGGCGGGUGGUCAUGUGACAAGAGGGGCGGGAUUUCCACCUUUUUUUUAGAAAUAACAUUUCAUAUUUGAUCAAAGCUGAACAUGAACUUAAACUGAUUGGAUGUUCGGUUGUUUACUCUCCCUCCCUUCAGUCUUCUUCAUUGAUUUCUGCCUUUUUUAUGUAUUUAUCUUCUGUGGUUCUGAUUAUGAUUUGUCUUUGAUUUGCGAUGUGAUUUUUUUUUUUUUCUAAUUUUGAAUGUGACAUUCCUGCAGCAGAGCUGAUGAAGGGCAACUUUAAUAAAGGAAUGAAUGUCAUCAA